UGAAAUUUACAGAAAGGCUCCAGAUAGUGCGCGGCCUGGGCGGCGUUCUCUUCCAGAAUCCGUCUCAUCGAAACGGGAUCACCUACUUGUUCUCAAUUUCUACCCCCAGGCACUCCUAUUCCUUAAAAAAUUAGAAAAAAAGGUGCAUCGAUCCAAAUUUCAUUUUUUGCUUCAAUUCCAAUAGUGCGCAAAUCGGGGAAAGCAACUGGUUACUGUUUCCGUUUAUAUUUACAUCGUGAGCCACCCACUUCAGUUGAAGUAUCUCUCGUGCGAGUGUGUGUCACGUAUACAGAGACGACCACCUGUGAACUUUAUGUACGUGCUUGUGUCGAUAAGAAUAUUUACUUUCAAGAGCAGGACUGUGGAGCUUGAAGUAUGAAUUUUUUGGCUUUUGGCGAGGAUGGCUCCAGAUUGGGACAUUUACGAGUCGCAGAUAAGAUUGAUGACUAAUAGAACGCUGGAAAACACCUGCUGGCAUGAAGUACCUGAAAAUUACACUUUUUGUGUUCAACUUCCUAAUAUGGCUCGCUGGGUGCUCAGUGAUGUUCCUAGGCACCUGGUUGCUGAUGGAUCCAAGCAAAGGACACCUUUUGAAUCUUUUUCUCCCAAAUAUGACUCCACACGAGACAAUUCAUUUAAUUGCAUACAGUCUACUGGGUCUCGGACUUACUGUACUGACAGUAGGGUUCUUUGGAUGCCGCGCUGCUUUCCAUGAAAAUCAAUGUAUUUUAGCUAUAUAUAUGAGUAUGCAGAUUGCUCUGAUUAUCACGGAAUUGAUAACAGCUGCAGUUCUCGGUCUAAUGACUUUCAGAAUUCUUUCCGGAUUAGAAGAAAGACUCGCGACUAGAUUGGCUGAUCAUUACGGACAUGAUCCAAGAAGUGAUAUCCCUUUCAGCCACAGUCUCGAUUUUGCCCAAUUCAAGUUUAAUUGCUGUGGAAUUCAUGGAGAUAAAGAUUAUAAUGGUACGGCGUGGUGGAGACACGGGCAAAUUUCCGGCGUAAAAAGAGAAGUUCCACUCACAUGUUGCGUUCUAAAGGAUAUUGAGGUGAAAAAUGCAGGUAGCCCGAUGAGCGUUAUAUCCAGAGUAUUUUAUAGAACUAAUGAACAACCGUGGCUUCAUCCCCAACCAAAAGAUAUGGCUGCUUGUCAAGUAGAAGAUGCAGUAGGACACGAUGGCUAUAGGCAUAAAGAUGGAUGUUUAGACAAAAUAAGUAAUUGGCUACAAUGUGAAAGUUUCACCCUCGUUUUUUUGGGAAUGUCUAUGGCUGGCAUUCAGACGUUUGGGAUAAUUACGUCGGCUUUUCUGUGUCGGACAAUUAGAGAUAUGCACGCAGAAUGAAGAUGAUGAAAUGUAGAAUAUUUUAAAGAAACAGAAUCUAUGUCAAAAAAGCGUUGAUAGAAAAUUGAAACGACGUUUUACUAUUAUCAACUAGAUUAAGCCACGUAUAAAAAUGUUUUCAAACAGGAUCUGCAUUCGCACAAGAUUCAUCUAAUUUUCUGACUUCUCCUCUAUACACUUUUGAUUAAUCAAAAAAUACGUAUACAAUAUUUAUAUUUAUACAGUAAACUCUCAAUCAUUCCAAUGCUUACUUAUUCCAAAGAGCACUUAUACUCAGUCGCCUGCGCUUAGAUAUUUCAAGUGGGGAAGCUCCUUCGCCUCCCACCAGUGUCCCCGCACGGUCUCGUCCGCGUCAGUGGCUGACCAAUUAAAAAGAGGCCCGAAGAGAGGGAAGCUCUCGUUUGUUGCAAGGAAGCACAGAUACUCAAAGCGUGCAAAUCGAUAUAAAGAAGUAGUAGCCAGUGAAUGUCGUUUGACAUUAUCACCCCACGAUUAGCGGUAAAGGUGGAGGCUCCUGCAGACUUAAGGUAUCCGAAUUUUUAAGUUCCUCGGCCCUUGGAAUAAGUGAGAGUUCACUGUACAAUUAUUUGGAUAAAAAAUAUUUUCAUGGAAGAAACAUAAAUUCUGUGAAGUUGCUCAAACGUUUUUGAAUAUAUUCUUUGCCAGUCAAUAAGAGAGCCUAAGGAAUUAUCUGCCAGUGCAAAGCAAUAAUGAAAAUAAAAGCUCCACGCUGCCGUCCUUUAUUCUUGCAAUUUUUGUUAGAAAAGUACAAAUACAACAGUUGGAAAUUUGUUAUCAAGUAUUUUUAAAAUUAAUACAAGGGAAUCAAUUUCAGAAAAAUACCAAUUUUGUGUUGGGUCCUUUCAUAAAAAAUAAAAACAUAUUUUUAUUAAUUUUAUAACUAAAGUUGAUCUUUUUGUAAUGUCAAGGAACUUUUUGUGGCUGCAAUAUAUUGUUUUCCCGGGCAAAAAAUAAAACACUAAUGUUUUGUUUUGCACCAAAAAAUUGGUUCCCUUCUCUUUUAACUUCCUUAGCUUACACUCCCCUUCUCUACUUCCCUUCCCCAACCCUUAUUUUCUCUUCGCUGCUAACCCUCAUUUAUAAUCUUCCCCUUACUAACACUCACUUCUUCCACUUCCACUCCCUAAUUUCUCUAAUUUCCCCUCACUUUCUCUCAGAUCUUUUUACUUCCAUUCUCAUCAUUAUCCCUGACUUCCCCUACUCCCAUACCCCUUAUUUUUCUUCCUUCUCCUACAUUCGCUCCCCUAAUUUCCCCUCAUUUCCCCUCACUUCCUGUAAUUUUCCUUUACUAAUUUUUCCUAACUAUUUUUUAUAAUAUAAAAAUUUCGUUUGCAAAAUACCACUUUUUUAAUUUUUAGUUUUUUUCCUUUUUUUCCUGAAGAAGCUGAAAUCAUAUAUAUUUACAAAAUCUACAGUUACAAAACUUAGAGGUAACAGAUAUUUCAGAUUUUAAAUGAAAAAAUGAAAAAAAUGAAGAUUUUUACUGACUUUUUAAAAGUAAUUUCAGUGUUACUAAAAUAUAAACGUGCAAAAGUGAAGGAAAUUUUUCUAUAAUUUUAUGUAACUACAUUUUGAGUUUACUAAUGAGAAAAAAGUUUCGUAAUUCGUAAUGUCGUUAUUCAGAUGCAGUGUAUGAGCAUUUUGAGUUUACUAAUGAGAAAACAGUUUCGUAAUUCGUAAUGUCGUUAUUCAUAUGCAGUGUAUCAGAAAAUUCCGUAAUUUUACUUGAAAAUUAUAAAAUUUGUGACUGAAUUUUCCAAAAAGAUCUUAAAUUUUAGAAAAUUGUAAUUUAAUUUUGUCUAAAUUUGUCAUAAUUUUCUGAAUCUUAUUAUCGAAAUGUCAUAAAUUUGCAAAAAAAGUCAAAAUCCCGAGUGUUAAAAAUACUGAAAAUAUAAUCACUGAUACAGAUAAAAUGCGAAAAUAAAACUUUCUAAUAUGUUUAAUUACAUUAAUUUCUUUUAAUUCCAUUGAAAUAUUCGAACAAUAAAAGUGAUUGUAAUGAACAAAAUUUUAAAACCCGAAUUAUCGAAAUCCUGACCUCUAAUAUUUCAGAAAUAAUUAAAUUCGUGAAAUUCCCGAAAUUCUAACUAACUGAAGUUUUAAUUUCUUGGGAUAAACGAAACUUUAUGUUUUUAACGGUUAAAAUAAUAUUUUACUUUACAGGAAAAGUUCAUAGUUUAACAUUUUGCAGAGUUUAUUUUAUUUUAAUGUAUGCAUUAUGGAGAAUAUAAAACAGAAUAUUGUUUUAAGAGAUACAAAAUAUGAAAUUAACAUUUUUUGUGCUUAUUUUAUAAUUUUGGUAAGUAGACAUUUUGAAAAAUCACUAAUUUUGUAAAGUUCAGUUUUCGGGCCAAUAAAAAUUCUGGUUUCAAAAUUUAUGAAAUGUUUUAUUUGCAGUAACUUUCACUUCUGGAAUGUUUCAGUUUUUUACUAAAUAUUUUCGCUGGUUUGAUUUUUUUCGGUAAUUAGAAAUUACUAUUUUCCGGAAAUUUUGUAGUUUAUUCAUUAUAUUCCUAGUGUUUUCCAAAAGAUGUGCGUCAUUUUGAUAAUUUAAUCAAAUUUUAAAUUAUUUUAGCUGAUUAAAAACAGUUUAGAUUUUAAUAGAAAAUGUCAGAAUAAAAAUAAAAUUUUGCUAGUUUCUUCCCAAGAUACAACCUUAACAAAAAAAUUUUCUUUAAUUUUUUUAUUAUCUACCAAAAUACACAAGUACUCAAAAUUAAGUAAUUUUUUUGGUUGAAAAACAAAAAAAAUAGAUGUCUUAUAUUUUUUAAAACUUGGAAAACUACAUAUUACGACCUCAAUUUCGUAGAAAAUCGGUCUUUGACUUACUACUUUUUGCUACACAUUUAUUGUACACUUAGAAACCGAUUUGCUGAAAUCAAUAAAAUUUUUGUUGUAUCAACCAUAGAAUAUGGUUAUUAUAUGGGCACCAAAAUAUUUCAUUGACCCAAUUAAAUUUGGUUGUUUUAACCAAAUAUUUUCGUAGAUGGAGUAUUUGGCUGAUUAAACAAAUUAAAUACUCUUGGAUCCGUCAAAUAUUUGGUAGAAUCUACAAAAAUUUGUUUGAUUCAUUUAAAUUUUUAUGUAAUUCCAAAAGAACAGUUUGAUUCAAGAAAAUUUUUCUUUAAGUGUGAAAAAGUAAUGAAAGUUUCCGUGCGAAUGCAUGAUUCUUAUUUCAUACGACUUGUAAAUUAUUAUAUUCGACGGAAUCAACGAGAAGUCGAAUCAGCGAUGUUGGAAAGUAUAUUUACAAAAAAAUCUCUCAAUCGCAAAGCGAUCUUAUUUUUAAUACCAUCAUCAGACCGCAUCUUUUACAUUCGGCUUACAUAUAUUUUGUAUGUCCUUUCACUGGUUUUACCAGUGAACGUACUUGACAUUGAUGUCUAUCUAUAUUGUGGUUCAUGUGUACGAAGUGUACCAAAUGUAACACUGGAAUAAAAAAAUGUUUCCUGUGUCAAA